AUGCCUCCCCUCUCUUUCAGCGAUACCUUUCCUCUACCUAACACCUCCGUCCACAUACCGCGCCUUGGCUUCGGAGUCUACCAAUCCCCCGCAACUGUCUGUGUACAGUCAUGCCUGUGCGCUCUACAAGCCGGAUAUAGACACAUCGAUACCGCGCAGUUCUAUCACAACGAAGCCCAGGUUGGGGAGGCGCUGCGAAAAUCAGGAAUUCCGCGCUCCGAGGUGUUCGUCACCACCAAAAUUCUCUCCGCAGCAGGAAGCGUUGAAAAAUCAUACAAAAAGUGCCUCGAAAGCGUGGAGAAGAUCGAUCCGGGACGUGAUGGCUACGUGGAUUUGUUCUUGAUACACAGUCCCAAUGCGGGAAGUAGCAAGAGAAAAGAGAUGUGGCAGGCUCUUGAAAAAUUGUACGAGAAGGGAAGGGCUAAGAGCAUUGGUGUGAGCAACUUUGGUGUUGGACAUAUUGAGGAGAUGAAGGAAUAUGCAAAGAUCUGGCCGCCACACGUCAAUCAAAUAGAGUUGCAUCCAUGGUGCCAACAACGAACCAUAACCGAUUAUUGUCAGAAAAACGGUAUCAUCAUCGAAGCCUACUCGCCGCUGGUUCGAAAUUACAAGGCCAACGAUGCCACAUUGGUCUCCUUCGCCCAGAAAUACAACAAGACCACGCCACAGAUCCUCAUCAGAUACUGUUUGCAGAAGAACUGGGUACCUCUGCCGAAAAGUGAUACUCCAGAUAGAAUCAAGCAAAACGCCGACGUUUACGACUUUGAAUUAUCUGCGGACGAUAUGGAGGCGCUGGAUGCAUUGGACCAAGGGGACGCAGGGGCGAUUGUUCAAGCUGUGCGCAACGAUUAG